AUGGCUAAAAACUGCCUCUCUCUUUGCCUGCAGCUUGUUCUGGUGAUCACUGUCAAUGGUGGUGGUGGUGAUGAUUUGAAGAGUGAUCGGCUAUGCAGGCAGUGCUCAAAAUGUGAUGCAAGUGAAUGCCCUCCCAGUGAAGAUUAUCCCCACAUGACAGCAUUUGAUGACACUCUUAUCGCAGGUUCUUUGCAAUCUGACUUUGUGGAUUUGAAUGAUAGAGGAGUUUACUCUGUUCCGAAUAUCAAAGGUGGCGAGUCUGCUACUUACAAUGCUUAUUUUGGGUGGAAAUCUACUUCGGGUUCAGCUUCUGGCUAUCAUAGGUUUAGCAAUUACAUGGAUAAAUGCUCAGGGGCUGAAAGCUAUCUCUCUGUGGACAAGCAUGGCAAGGUGAGCCUUCGGUCGUUGAGCUCAUUGGAAAGCUUAGCUGAGGUCGACUGGAAAUCCAUUAAUCCACCAAAGAAGCUAAACCACCGCGAGUUCCGAUUCAGGCAGUCUCGUAGUACAGGAAAAUGCCUGACGGUUUUCGGAGGGAAGAGUAGAAAAAGAACAGUGGGUGUGGCUGAGUGCAAGUUUGAUGGCUCCAACCCUUACCAGCUCUUUGCAUUCCGCUUCCACUAUCACAAAGCAUUUUGUUGUUGUGGACUUCAUAAUGAGUAA